AUGUGUGUUCACUUCGAAUCUGCCAUAGAACAUGGCACAACAGAUAAAACAUACUGAGCUGAGUCUAAACUUUCUUGGUUUCCGUGGCUUUCUUUUUUCUUAUCUAUAACCAUAAUUAUUUAACUUUUACCCAUCUCAAAACGGAUCUGAUCAGACUCCUUAUAACUACAAUCUUUCCAUCCAACCUUUUGCAUUCAGAUAAACUUCUUCUCGUUAUUGUCGAAAAACCCACAAAAGCAGAGUAACUCAAUUCUACCCAUGGCUGCAUCCUUCUCUGUUCCAUCAAUGAUAAUGGAAGAAGAAGGGAGAUUCGAAGCGGAAGUUGCAGAGGUACAUGCAUGGUGGAAUUCAGAGAGGUUCAAGCUAACACGACGCCCCUACUCUGCCAAAGACGUGGUGUCACUACGCGGCAGCUUAAGACAAAGCUACGCCUCAAACGAGUUGGCCAAGAAGCUAUGGCGGACGCUCAAAACCCACCAAGCCAACGGCACGGCGUCGAGAACAUUUGGCGCUCUAGACCCUGUUCAAGUGACGAUGAUGGCUAAGCAUUUGGACACCAUCUAUGUCUCCGGCUGGCAAUGCUCUUCCACCCAUACCUCCACCAACGAACCAGGCCCGGACCUUGCCGAUUACCCAUAUGACACCGUUCCGAACAAGGUCGAGCAUCUGUUCUUCGCUCAACAGUACCAUGACCGGAAACAGAGGGAGGCGAGGAUGAGUAUGAGCCGAGAGGAGCGAGCGAAAACCCCUUAUGUCGAUUAUCUCAAACCCAUCAUCGCCGACGGGGACACCGGCUUCGGUGGCACCACCGCCACGGUGAAGCUCUGCAAGCUAUUUGUGGAGCGCGGUGCCGCCGGUGUUCACAUUGAGGAUCAAUCCUCGGUGACGAAAAAAUGCGGGCAUAUGGCGGGAAAAGUGCUGGUGGCGGUUAGCGAGCAUAUCAAUCGGCUCGUCGCAGCUCGAUUACAGUUCGACGUGAUGGGGGUCGAGACGGUUCUUGUGGCUCGAACCGAUGCCGUCGGUGCUACUUUGAUUCAAACGAACGUCGACAGUAGAGAUCAUCAGUUCAUUUUGGGUGCAACGAAUCCUAAUUUGAGAGGGAAGAGCUUAGCUGGGGCAUUGUCUGAAGCCAUGGCGGCUGGAAAAACAGGGGCGGAACUUCAAGCACUUGAAGAUCAAUGGAUUUCCAUGGCGCAAUUGAAAACAUUCUCAGAAUGCGUGACCGACGCGAUCAUGAAUAUGAACGCAACAGAGAAUGAAAAGAGAAGGAAGCUUGACGAGUGGAUGAGUCAAUCGAGUUACGAGAAAUGCCUAUCGAACGAACAGGGGAGGGAAAUCGUUGAGAAAUUGGGGCUCAAAAAUCUGUUCUGGGACUGGGAUUUACCAAGAACCAGAGAAGGGUUUUACAGGUUCAAAGGGUCGGUAAUGGCGGCGAUUGUUCGUGGUUGGGCGUUCGCACCACAUGCGGACCUAAUCUGGAUGGAAACAUCAAGCCCCGACAUGGUGGAGUGCACCAGUUUCGCAAAAGGGGUGAAAUCGGUGCACCCAGAAUUGAUGUUGGCUUAUAACCUCUCGCCAUCUUUCAACUGGGAUGCAUCGGGAAUGAGCGACAAGGAGAUGGAAGAGUUCAUUCCAAGGAUUGCGAGGCUUGGGUUCUGCUGGCAGUUCAUCACGCUCGCGGGUUUCCAUGCGGAUGCGUUGGUGAUCGAUACGUUUGCUAGAGAUUAUGCGAGGCGGGGAAUGCUGGGUUAUGUUGAGAGGAUUCAAAGGGAAGAGAGAGCCAAUGGAGUUGAUACACUGGCUCAUCAGAAAUGGUCUGGAGCUAACUACUACGAUCGGUAUCUGAAGACAGUUCAGGGCGGCAUUUCUUCUACGGCCGCCAUGGGACGAGGGGUGACGGAGGAGCAGUUCAAGGAGUCAUGGACGAGGGAAGGAGCGGUGAACCUGGGAGAAGGAGGGAACGUGGUGGUAGCCAAGUCCAGAAUGUAAACCAAAACAAUACUCUGCUUAGUUUUAAUUUGAAGUACCUGCAUUUUGCACUCUCGUUU